AGCCUCAAGAUUUACAUAGCACCCAGAGAUAUUUCAUGAUCACUGACCAACGAGAUUCUUACACCAAUAUUUACAAUAACCGACAACUUUACGAGAUAUAAAUCAACUUUUUAUCAACCGAAUUAACAUGUUUCAGCUGUACCUCUAAUAUCUAUCAUUAUGAGCCUAUAAUAAUAAAUAAUGACACAAUUUCUACAUGCAAAACAAAGGUAAAGACAUAGCGAAAACAAAACGGAGCACCCAAAGAUGAUAAGAUAGAAUAACACCCAAACCUUUUCUGGGCUACAAAGUCAUAACCCUUUCUGUCUCUUUUCUUUAUCUCAUCUCACAUUAAUAAUUUUCCUCCUCAGAAUUUUCUCUCUCACCAAACACUGAACUCAACACUCCUUUUCUGACAUACUCUUCUGUACAAACUUUCUUUGUCUUUCCCUCUCAUUUUUGUCACUUUUCUCUCAAAAGUUUCCUCCAAAGUUUUCGAUUCCUUCAACAAAAUUUUCUCCCUCAUCAUCACGAUCAUGCUUCAAAGCUUGGUCCCUCGUCCACCUCUCACUUCCAAACCUAAUAAUAAUAAUAUGAAUGCCAAACGCGCCGAACGUGAACAUGACGACGAUGAUUCCACCCUUCAGGAACAACCAUCUUUCAAAAGACCUAACUACUCCGCCGAGCACACGGCGGCGGAAGCCGAAGAACACGAGGAAGCACAGGCCUUCGAACCUGAAAACGAAGGUGAAUCAACAGGUUUGAAACUCCUAGGGCUUUUGCUUCAAUGCGCUGAGUGCGUUGCCAUGGAUAACCUCGAUUUCGCUAACGACUUGUUACCGGAGAUUACCGAGCUUUCCUCACCGUUUGGAACUUCGCCGGAGCGCGUCGGAGCUUAUUUUGCACAGGCGUUACAAGCGCGUGUGGUGAGUUCUUGUCUCGGUAGUUACUCGCCGUUAACUGCUAAAUCGGUAACCCUAACUCAGUCGCAAAGAAUCUUCAACGCGUUUCAAUCCUACAACUCAGUUUCACCGUUGGUGAAAUUUUCUCAUUUUACCGCUAAUCAAGCAAUUUUCCAAGCUGUGGACGGUGAGGAUCGUAUCCACAUCAUCGACCUCGAUAUCAUGCAAGGACUUCAAUGGCCAGGAUUGUUUCACAUCCUCGCUUCACGAUCCAAGAAAAUUCGUUCUGUUAGAAUCACCGGUUUCGGAUCUUCUUCAGAGCUUCUAGAAUCAACGGGAAGAAGACUCGCCGAUUUCGCGAGUUCACUCGGCCUUCCGUUCGAGUUUCAUCCAAUUGAAGGCAAAAUCGGAAGCGUAACGGAACCGAGUCAACUCGGUGUUAGACCAAACGAAGCAAUCGUUGUUCACUGGAUGCAUCAUUGUUUAUACGAUAUAACCGGAAGUGAUUUAGGAACGUUGAGAUUGCUGAGUCAGCUUCGGCCAAAACUAAUCACCACCGUUGAACAGGAUCUUAGCCACGCUGGUAGCUUCCUCGCGAGGUUUGUGGAAGCUUUGCAUUAUUACAGCGCGUUGUUCGACGCGCUUGGGGGUGGAUUAGGUGUGGACAGUGUUGAGAGGCAUAUGGUGGAGCAGCAACUGUUGGGGUGUGAGAUAAGGAACAUUAUUGCCGUUGGUGGGCCAAAGAGGACUGGCGAAGUGAAAGUUGAGAGAUGGGGAGAUGAAUUGAAACGGGUCGGAUUUCGACCCGUUUCACUUCGGGGUAACCCGGCUGCACAAGCCAGUUUAUUGUUGGGGAUGUUUCCUUGGAGAGGGUAUACUUUGGUGGAAGAGAAUGGUUCUCUCAAGCUUGGUUGGAAGGAUCUUUCACUGUUAAUUGCUUCUGCUUGGCAGCCGUCGGAUUUGAUGACUUAUACUGAUUGAAUUCAUUCAACUUGAUGAUGAUGAUGAUGAUGGUCUGUCUGUGUUUGGUGGGACUGAGGGAGAGGCAGUAACUGUUGAUUAGUUUCUCUCCUGCCUGCCUGCCUGCCUCCCUCUGCAGAAUCUGUUCCAAGAAAGGACAUGGUUGGCAGAGAAGAGAAUCUUUUAAGUUUGUGAAUUACAGAAUAGUACUUAUAAGUGAGAAAUUAUUCACAUUAUCAAUUGUGGUUCAUUAUGAUUUUUUUAAUUAAUUUUUAGAAUAAUGGUUCUUAAUAAAAUGGUUCGUUAUGAAACAUAGUUACUACUCA